AUGUGUCUUCCAUUCUUCUUCAACGGAUGGCAGCAGCUGAAGCCUCAACCUGAGAGUCACGAGGAUUUACACACGACCUCCAUGGAGCAUUUGAAAGAUGAUGGGCAAAGACCGGAAGACAUCGUACCCAAUGAAAGGCCCUCGAAACGACGACGUAUUUCCGUGCAGCCACAUCGUGAGGUGGGUCUAAUGCGUAGUGUCCGUGGUGAUAAGUUCUCCGGAUUCGUGGGCAGUGCCAGUGGUAUCUAUUUCAUCAGGUCUGUGUAUGGCGCGUUACGAGAUCCCGGCGUUAACCUAUCGGUCACCGGAAGCACGCCUGUCAGCGAUGUUGUCCCUGGAGAGGAUGACCAGCUUCCAACGGUACUUCCCUAUACAUCCGGCCGCUUAUGGAGAGACGAUGAGAUUAGCUCGAAGGCCUUGACAAGCGUCUCCUAUGAGGAGUUUGUGGAACUGAGCGGAAGCUACUUCGCCAAUUGGCACAUGCUCUAUCCCUUCCUGCAUGCUCCAUCGGUUUUGGGCUAUUUCCAGGAGCUCUCUUUUUCAUCAGAGUCUAGCACGUCUCAAGAACUGAAAAUAGUCAUAGUCCGAUCAGUCCUUUCUAUAUCUUUAGCUGAUCAGCGACAAGCUGGUCAUGCAUCCAAUUCGAAAUACCCGAGCGAGGUUGUCUUCUCUUCACACGAUGCAGCGGUAGACAGCCUACAACAUGUCCUCACCAAACCAACAUCCAUACUUGGUCUUCAGGCUACCAUCAGUGUUCAGCUAUUCUUGGUAUCUAUGCUGCGAUUGAAUGCUGCUUCGCGCCUUGGAGGUCUCGUCAAUCGUAUGGCCGUUCAGCUUGGCCUACAUCGUUGUCCUGCCAGAUAUGCCUCCUUCUCAGUCACUGAGAAGGAGCUGCGCCAACGGAUAUUCUGGUCAUUGUAUACCAUCGACCGCUUCAUCUGCCAAUCUAUGGGACUACCACUUGGCAUCAAUGACGACGACGUUGACGUGUGCUUUCCUAACGCUGAAGCCCACACGGAUGCCCAGCGAGCACCUCAUCUAGAUAACCGUUUGAGGCUCCAAAGUUUCAUUGCUCGCGAAUCGAGGCUACGUGGCGAGAUAAUCGAGCUGCGCAACAAGUCCUUGCAUUAUGUUCAUAGAGAUGGCGAUCAGGCGACCGCGAUCACUUCCAAGCUCGCGCAGUGGUGGAAAGAUAUUGAAGACACGAGAGACACCGACAGUAGCUCGGUAACAUCACCAUACUAUUCCACUAUUCUAGCACUGCUCAAGCAUGAAUCCAUUAUCUCUCUUCACCGGCCGGUCCUGGCCGCUUCUCGCCAAGGCGCAGAGUAUGAUACUGCCUUGCAGCUAUGUAUCGGCUCAGCGCAAUCUAUUAUACUUGAGCUAUAUGGUGCUGUUAACACAGAUGUCAAUAGUCGCGAGCGUUUGACUUUGCUGUGGCCAUCUUGCACAUGGGCUGUAUGGAUCAGCACCUUCAUACUCUUCUAUGCAGUGAACAAUGGCCAUAUGACUGAAGAAGUUGUUAUCAGACUCGCUGAACAAAGCAUUGCGGUGCUUCAACAUCUUGCACGCCGAGGCAGCGCAUGGCCAGAGGCGAGUGCAGCAGCUAUAAGAGACCUACGCUCGCGCAUGAUGAGACAUCCCAUCGACAAUGCAAAGGAAGACCAAAGUGGUAUCGUAGACAAAGUUGUUCGACGACCACAACGAAUGUCUCUGGACUCGGUCUCCGCAGCUCCUCAUCGUACUGCGCCUACAGCUGAGGCUUCAGUCGUUACGCCUGGCGACCCGGGUUAUGGUCUCGCUGGUAUUGACCAAGCUGACCAAGGCUACCCAUUUGGAGCAUUGCGAACGGCUGGAGAUAUGCAACUACACGACUCAUUACUCCAUGACUGGGGACAGCAAGAUAGCCCAUACGAUCCUGAAGUCGCAACAUUCAGUACCUUCCUAAACAGUCAUCUCGAAAGUCAAGGCGACGGCCCAGGCUACCUUGAUGCACUGGACCCUUUCUCUGGAUUCGACAUCCCAUUCUGGUUCGAACAAGACCAGCAUUGGGACGUGUUUCAAGAUUACAAUCCAGGCAAUUAG